ACCUGGUGAGGUAGAGAAAAGAAAAUGAAACCUAACACGUCAGCCCUUAUGUCAACACAAGUCCUUAACAAGUAGUCUGGCGUUAGUGCUUUCAGCAGAUUAGUCGUAUAGUUUCUCGGGUCAGGGUUAGUUACAGGUUAGAUGUACAAUAUAUUUCUGUUUUCAUUUUAAACACGCAGGUGAUACGUUGUGGAGUCGAGGAACUGAAGAACGCACACUGUCAAGAGGAGAAACAUGUCUGCUGCAAGAAAGGACCUCCAGGAGGCCUUGUGCUGCUACACCGCAGACACCCUCAUCGACAUCGACACAGUGAAAGAAUUCUGUCGGAAGAGUUCUAAAUGGAUACUAAAGAGGGAGAAAGAGGUGGAUAUGAUGAUUGACAUCAAAACCAGGGCUGAUUACAUUGACCUCUGCAUCGGCCAUGUUACCAAGUCACAGACCAAAGGUAAAGCCUUUCUGGAAUAUAUGAAGAGCAAGGUAACCCUGCAGGGUACUGCAGACAGCAGGCGAGCAGAGCUGGAGAAGGAGCUGGCUGCUCUGCUGAAGUCCACUCUGGAAGGCCUGGGGGAGCUCGACUGCUUCCUGGAUGCGGUGGAGAAUCUGGCGGUCACCUCACUUCCUUUGUUCAUGGAAGAGAACCAGGUGUUACAUCUGCCAGGAGGGAUCAGCCCUGUAAUGGUUCAGCUUGUCAUCAUUGCUGCACGGAUGCACUGCCCUCACCUCAUCGAGUUUAAAAGAGAUGCAGACGCCUUCUUCUGCCCCAAACUUCAGAAUGUUGAAGUGCUGGCAUAUCAGCUGGACAAAUACAUAAGGACCACCGAGAACAUCUGUGAGAAGUUAGAGAAAAGCUCCUUCUGUGAAUUUCGCCUGAAGAUGAACGACGAUACACUGGUAGAUCUCGCUGUGGAUUUGUCUGAAGAUGACACACAAAGGAUGCUUCAUCACAUUAAUCAGCUCGAGGAACUCAGGAUGAACCAGAGCUUCCGGAUGGUGUUCUUGUUUCAGGAGGACGAACCCUGCUCUGAUUUCAUCGAUAAGUUUAAAGAGCGACAGCCGAGGAUGGAACAGUCUCUCAAGGACCUGGAGGAGCAUGCUGUUCAGUUAGACAGGAUGAAUAAGGGAGCAAAGAUCUCCAGUGUGGCAGGCAGCUCAGUGGGGGCAGUAGGAGGUGUGCUCUCCAUCGUUGGUUUGGCUUUAAUUCCUGUAACAGCUGGAGUGUCUUUGGCUCUGACAAUGACCGGGGUAGGCAUGGGAAUUACAAGCGGAGUCAACAGCGCUGUCACCACCGCCACAGAGAUUGGAGUAAACUGUACAUAUCAAAAGAAAGCCAGAGAAGUAUUCGAGAGCUUCAUGGAGGAUAUGCAGUGUCUCCAGGAUUGUCUGGAGGAGGUCACCAAAAGAGAAAAAAUCUGCAUAGAUGUUGUUCUCGGGGUCGGCAAGGUGCUAGCUAAAGUAGGUGUUACUGGAAAAGGUAUUGACUCAUUAGUUGAUGCAGCCUCUGCUUUCAAGCUGUUAAAAAGUGAAGAGCUGGCUGUGAGUGCUGGUAAAGUGGCAGUGCAGGAAGGGGAAGCUUUACGCAGCGUUCCCAGGGUGGCGUCAGAUAUCCCAGAUAUCGGUCAGGCAGCAGUCAAAGGGCCUCUUGCCCUCUCCAAGUCAGCCAGGGCCGGUCUCAUUGGGCUCAAUUCUCUGUUCCUCGGCAUGGAUAUCUUCUUCAUCUGUAAAGAUAGCAUGAGUCUGGCCAAAGGAAGCGAGAAUGAGGUCUCACAGUUUAUCAGAGCCAGAGCAGCACUUUGGAGAUCAGAGGUGGAUUCAAUGCAGACGAUCCAUGACCUCCUCUGCGAAGGUUUGAAGAUAUCGGAAGAAAACAAAGCUAUCCUGAGACGCCAAUUUUUCCAGAGAGGAAGAUGAAAAAGCACUAAGAAACCAAAGUGGACAUUUCAUCCAAUGAAAUCCAAGUGUUAUCAGAUGAAAUUUUGAUUUUAUCUGAUGAAGACAAUUACUGUAUUUGUGUUCUACUGUAUGUUGCCAAAUCUGACACUUUAAUCACAUAAAUGAGAUCAGCUGAG